UAACUUAAUCGUGGUUUGUCUUUUUGAGCGAUCCAAAUGAAAAGACAACCCACUGCCUUCCCUUUUCCUAUAAAUUCAUACCACGCCAAACCUGGGAAUUCAUAAUACCCGUCGAGUUUUGAGCUCUUUCAUUCGUUGAACACACUUAGAUCUUGGUCUUACAAGGUUCUGCAUGGUUGAUAUCGACUCACAGUUUCCAACUGGUUUCGAUCCAUUUUCCGAGGCCAAGGACUCGGAUGACUCGGGCACUCCUGGAGCCAAGGAGUAUGUGCAUAUUCGCAUACAACAAAGGAAUGGAAAGAAAAGCCUAACGACUGUUCAGGGACUGAGGAAGGAAUUCAGCUACGAUAAGAUUCUUAAAGACCUCAAAAAGGAGUUCUGCUGCAACGGUAAUGUUGUUCAGGACAAAGAGCUCGGUAAGGUGAUUCAGCUCCAAGGCGAUCAGCGUAAGAAUGUUUCUCAGUUUCUCAUCAAUGCCAACAUUGUGAAGAAGGGUCAGAUUAAGAUUCAUGGUUUCUAAGGAUUGAGAAAUCGAGGUUUUUUGUGUUCGAUUGUCAAAAAAAUCGUAGUUUUUGUGAGUUUUAAAGAACCUUUUUGAUCGUGUCAUGGGGUUUCUACUGAAAUGUAAUUGCAUAUCCUCUUCUGACAAUAAAGAUCAUAUCCACUUAUCUGGAAAUACU